UGUAUAAUAUAUUUUUACUGUAUACUAACUGUCUUCUGAUUGGCUAAUAUUUGUCAAGGUCAUUUAAGAUUCGUUCAAAGGUCGGCAGUAUAGUUUAAUCCUACCGUUUAGAGCGUGGUUUCAGAAGACCAGGAAUAACGUUCCGUGUACUCGAAUCGUUUGCUCUAGCGGUCCAAGGUAAUCAAAGGAUGUGAGAAUGUUUUAGAUUACCUAGUGUUCUUCACUAGUCCCUGAAACUUCUACGGUUAUCAGCCGAAUCGACAAGUAUCUGUUGGAUUGUGUCAAAGGUCCCAUCUGUAUAUUUCACAAUUAAACGUUAAAUGGAUAAACUUUCAGAUUCGCUUCAACGUGAUAUCAACAGAUUACAAACUGAUUAUCACAAUGCCAUUGAAAAAGAAUUAGGUAACCUGGAUAUUGCUUAUCUCCGCAAAAUACAGGCCAACUACUUUCAGUGCGGUUUAAAGUGCUGUGCGGAUCCUGAUGCCUCUGUUACUGAAGUGCAGCGUUGCGUAGAAAGGUGCGAAAUUCCGUUAAGUCAAGCACAUGAAAUAAUGCAAUCUGAGGUCUCCUCAUUCCAAGCAAGAUUACAACUGUGUGCUUCUGAAUGCGCCAAUCAAGCGCGGGACAAGUUACCUUCAAAUGCAUCUGAGUCACAGCUGAAGAAUGCUCAACGUGAAAUACUAGCGUGUUCUCAAAAAUGCGUGGACAAUCAACUAUCAGUGGGACUUCCAGCCCUUAUCACUCGACUAAAAGAUCAAUUGCAAAAGUUGAGACAAAACCAAAUUCAGAUUACAAAUUAGUUUGUGUAAUAUAAGUAGUAAAACUAAAACCCUUUUGCAAAUGAAUUGUAUAGACCAGUUUCUUCAUUUUUAAUGUCAAAUACAAAAUUGGUACUCAUGAAUCUUUUGCAAAAAAAGGCUUGGUGACUUGUUUCC